AUGUCCCUUCCACGCAUCUCCUUUCUUGAGGGAUGGGAGCGCAAUCCGGCCGCGUUGCUGCGGCGGGGCGAAGCAUCUGACACCGAGUCCGACACGUACCAGGACCUGCCAGAGACCGCCUCGCUAUCCUCCUCCUUCCCCUCGACAUAUAGCAGGCUCAAUUUCAACCCUUAUGCGGGGCCUGGCUGGAACGAAACGACUGAUGAGCAUGACGAUCGCUCUCACGGAUCCCUGGGUCGGGCACUCUCCCCACGACGCGGGAGACUCGUGUGGAGCGCCCGGCAAGUCCUGCCGUUGUACCACUGUCCGGGCCAGUCAGAGAGCCCUUGGGGUGUUCAGGUCGUGGUGGCCGUGAUCUAUUGCUUCCUGGCGGCGGGGAUCGUCUUUGGCUUUGCCGCUUUGAAGCCAGUGCUUCUCCAGGAAAAUGUAUACCGGAAUAGAUGCUCCCGGAAGGAGCUGGAGGACCAUGCGCCUGUCUGUGCAGGGCAGGAGAUACAGUUAAACCUUAUGUUUACGAUCGCCGCAGUGGCCACCAAUGUUGAGGCACUGCCCGUAGGGACCAUCCUCGAUGCAUAUGGCCCAAGGGUAUGUGGGUUAAUUGGGAGCAUGUUGCUGGCAAUUGGAGCUGGUCUCUUCGCCUUUGCUGACCAGCUCCCGUUUGACGGAUACAUCCCCGGCUAUCUGCUACUAGCAUUGGGGGGGCCAUUCGUGUUCAUCUCCUCGUUCCAUUUGUCGAACACGUUCCCAACUCGAUCAGGGUUAAUCUUAUCCACCUUGACAGGGGCAUUCGAUGCCUCCAGCGCCCUCUUCCUGAUCUUUCGGCUGCUGAACCAACAUACCAAUGGCUCGAUUUCCAUCAAGAAGUUUUUCUUGGCCUACUUGGCCGCCCCGGUAUUUAUCGCGGUUGCGGAGCUUGCGGUGAUGCCGAAAACGUCGUAUAAAACAGCCGGCGAGCUGGUCCACUACGCAAAUGAGCAGGCCAUCGAAGAAAUGAACGAUCGUGUCGACGACAGCAUCAACGAUCACGAUGAGCGAGAACGCCAACGAAACAGCCGACGCACGCGCCGGGCGAGCAUCGUGCACCGCAUCCAGGAUCUCUUCGACGAUCGCUCCUCCGUGGCAUCCACCGCCAUAAUCGACGACACGAUCUUCAACGCAUCGCUGCCAAACAGCACUCAUAACAACGCUACAACCUCCAAGCCCGCUCUGUCCCCCAACGCCUCCCAAACAAACAAAAGCGGCGUCUGGGGCGUUCUCCACGGCCAAAGUGCCCUCUCCCAACUCCGCACCCCCUGGUUUAUCCUGAUCACCCUCUUCACUGUCCUGAUGAUGCUGCGCAUAAACUACUUCGUCGCCACCCUCCGCCAGCAAUACACCUACCUCCUUUCCCCCGCUCUAGCCACCGAGAUCAACACCGUCUUCGACAUUCUCCUGCCCGUCGGCGGCCUCCUCUCCAUCCCCUUCAUCGGCACCUUCCUCGACACCCUGCAAACCCGCACCGUACUCGCAAUCCUCAUGUCCACGGCAACCCUCAUCGGGAUCCUGGGCUGCAUCCCGCACUCGCGGCCUGCGGCGUACGGGAAUAUCAUCCUCUUCGUCCUGUACAGACCCUUCUACUACACCGCUGUCUCGGACUACGCGGCGAAAGUCUUCGGGUUCCAGACCUUCGGCAAAGUGUACGGGCUGAUUAUCUGCCUUGCGGGCGUGGGCAAUUUCGCGCAGGCGGGACUCGACUCCCUGACGCUCAGAGUGUUUGAGGGGAAUCCGAUCCCCGUGAACGUGGGGCUGACGGUUCUUGUUGCGGGUGUGGGAGGUGCGCUGGUUGGCUAUGUCAGCUGGCAGACGAAGGUUCUCGCCCGGGACGGAGCCGAGACGGUGGGAGAGACGGUGGAGGAGAACGGGGCGGGGGCGUUGGAAGCUGCGGUCAGGGACUGGGAGAGUAGGCCUCUUCUGAGUGAGGGGCAGGAGAGGAGGGCGUAUGGGUCUUCGGGCUGA